GAAAAAGGUUGAAUUUUGAAGCCUCGAACCCAUCCGCGUCUUUCAAAUAAAGGAGAGGCGACUUUUCUUUGGAAAGAGCCGAACUUGCUUCUAAUAGCAGAAUGGAGAAUCCGAAGCCUGAGGAGGUGAAGUUAGCCAGCGACCCGCCGGUGCGGGUUUACGCCGAUGGCAUAUACGAUCUCUUUCACUUUGGUCAUGCUCGGGCCCUAGAGCAGGCCAAGAAGCUAUUUCCAAACACUUACCUUCUUGUGGGAUGCUGCAAUGACGAACUUACUCAUAGGUACAAGGGCAAGACUGUUAUGACUGAGGAUGAACGUUAUGAGUCUCUUAGACAUUGCAGGUGGGUUGAUGAAGUUAUUCCAGAUGCUCCUUGGGUGAUCACUAAGGAGUUCCUAGACAAGCACAAGAUUGAUUUCGUAGCUCAUGAUUCUCUCCCAUAUGCUGAUGUCAGUGGAGCUGGAAAGGAUGUUUAUGAAUUUGUCAAAUCAGUCGGAAAAUUUAAGGAGACGAAGCGCACAGAUGGUAUCUCUACAUCUGACAUUAUAAUGAGGAUGCUAAAAGAUUACAAUCAGUAUGUGAUGCGGAACUUGGCUCGUGGUUACACUAGGGAGGAACUUGGAGUCAGCUAUGUGAAGGAAAAGAGGUUGAGAGUAAACAUGGGUUUGGAAAAGUUGCUUGAAAAAAUGAGGCAGCAGCAGGAAAAAGUAGGAGAGAAGCUGAACACGGUUGCCAAAAUUGCUGGUGUACUGCAUGAUGAAUGGGUUGAGAAUGCAGAUCGCUGGGUUGCUGGAUUUCUUGAGAAAUUUGAGGAAGGCUGUCAUUCUAUGGGAACAGCCAUAAAAGAAAGGAUCCAAGAGAAACUAAUGGCGCAGUCAAGGGACUUCAGUCUCAUACAGUACGAUUCAGAGUAGUUGAAGUUGAAAACUAUAACUCAAGUGUUCGAGUUUUGGUCCGCUUUAGUUUAUUAAUCUCUAGUUAUUCCUAUCCAGAGGGAAGGAUGUGCAAGGUCCUUUUGGUUGUUUUUCUUUUUGUAAUAAUGUUGCUUGUUCCAAGCAUUAAACAUUUAUUUACGAUGCAAUAUCGUCGGCUGAAUUUUA